AUGACUUGUGAAUAUCCACCACGACCUUUUCAUCACUGGAAUCAGCGUCAACCUUCCCUCCUUCCCUUCUCACGGCAGACGGAAACGGCCCUUAUCUACGACGCUGUGAGAUUAUUCGCAAGCCUUCAAGCUCUGGAUAAUUCGACGUUCGUACAAGUGGCUCCGCUUAUUUGCGAGGGAGAAGAGGCCUGGAUCCACGGCAAUUCGCUCAUCAAUUACAUGAAAAUGGUUUACUUCACUGGACUCACAGGCUUCAUAAAAUUCGACGCCCUUGGAUUUCGCACCGAUUUUGCCCUUGAUAUCGUGGAACUAGGCAUGCAAAAUCUCACCAAGGCGGGCACGUGGAGGCUCGACACGGGCGCCAACUACACGAGGACCUUCCAGGAGACGCUGAAGAAGGUGGUCGACGGUCUGCAGAACAAGACCCUCGUCGUGUCCGUGGCCUAUAACGACCCCUACAUCAUGCAGUCGGAGAACGCGGACGACCUCGCCGGCAACGACCGCUUCGAGGGCUUCUGCAUCGACCUCCUCACCGAGAUCGCCAGCAUCCUCAAGUUCAACUUCACCCUCGUGCCCGUCGCCUCCAACGCCUACGGGUCCAGAAACGCUGAGACGGGCGAGUGGAACGGCAUGAUCAGGGAGCUGCUCGAGCAUCGCGCAGACAUGGCCAUCACAGACCUAACCAUCAAUUACGAACGCGAACAAGUGGUCGACUUCACGAUGCCGUUCAUGAACCUCGGGAUUUCCAUUUUGUACAAGAAACCCCAGAAGAUGGCGCCUUCCCUCUUCUCCUUCCUGUCCCCUCUGUCCCUCGAAGUCUGGAUUUACAUGAUCACUGCUUACGUCGGCGUCUCCAUCCUCAUGUAUAUUCUUGCGAGGUUCACGCCGUACGAGUGGCAGAACCCCCACCCGUGCGACCCCGACCCCGACACGCUGGAGAACCAGUUCACGAUCCUCAACUGCCUGUGGUUCGCCAUCGGCUCCCUUAUGCAGCAAGGCUGUGACUUCCUUCCUCAAGCCGUAUCGACCCGCAUGGUGGCUGGCAUGUGGUGGUUCUUCACUCUGAUCAUGAUUUCGUCCUACACCGCUAACCUGGCCGCUUUCCUCACCGUCGAGCGCAUGGACUCUCCCAUUGAGUCAGCGGAGGACCUCGCCAAACAGACCAAGAUCAAGUAUGGAUCGCUCAAGACGGGCAGCACCAUGGCCUUCUUCAGGGACUCCAAGAUCCCGACGUACCAGGGCAUGUGGGCGACCAUGAUGCGCCACGAGGACCCGGGCCCUUCCGUCUUCCCCGCCUCCAACGCCGAGGGGGUCAAGCGAGUCCAGGAGAGCAACGGCCUGUACGCCUACCUCAUGGAGUCCACGUCGAUCGAGUACGUGGUGGAGCGGCAGUGCGACCUCACGCAGAUCGGGGGUCUCCUCGACUCGAAGAGCUACGGCAUCGCACUUCCUCCAGGCUCUCCUUACACGAGUGCCAUCAGCAGUGCCAUUCUGUCACUCCAGGAAACGUCGAAAAUACAGAUGCUGAAGAGACGAUGGUGGAAGGAGAAAAACAGGUCUGACAAGUGUGCGAAGGAGAAGGAGGAGGCGGGCGGAAGCAGCAUGGCGAGUGAACUGAACUUAUCGAACGUGGGCGGUGUCUUCGUGGUGCUCCUCGGGGGGAUGGGGCUGGCGUUGGUCGUGGCGCUGGCGGAGUUCGUCCUCGAGUGCUGGGACAUCUCGAAGGAGGACGAGAAAUCAAUAAUAUCAGUCCUGAGUGAGGAGUUGUGUUUCGUCUUUCAAUGCAAAGGGUCAACGAAACCUGUCAGGAAGAAAAUAGAGUCAGAGACGCCAACAGUUGACAACUUGUACAGCUCUGAUGUAUACAACUGUAGCGGCAGAAAUCAGCAUACCUGAUUACCAGAUGUGGCGUCAGCCUCUGACGUCACAGUCGACCAUCACCCCGACCAG